AUGGCUUUAUUUAUCAAGUUUCAUCAAUUACACAAAUAUACUAAUGAAAUUAUCGAUCUUGAUAAUAAAACAUUAUCAGAUCAACUUGAACAAUUUUUAGUUGCAGUUCGUAAAUCAAAUGGACAGGAAUAUAAGGCUUCAUCACUUUAUACUGGAUUUUGUGUUAUUGCACGGGGUAUAUCAGAAGUAUUUGAAGAAGUACAAGUUGUAAACAUACUUGACAAACACCAGUUUAAAAGUUUACAUCGAACAUUGGAUGGCCGUAUGAAAGCAAUUGUUGAAAAAGGAAAUAAAAAUUGUAAACAAUCAGAUCCAUUGGAUACGGAAGAAAUUAAGUUUAUACUUGACUCACCUGCAACAGCAACUGAUACUCCUAAAGGUCUUUUACGAAGAGUUUGGAUUUGGUUGUCUCUACUAUGUUGUUUAAGGGGUGGUGAUGCUAAACGAUUAAAAGCUUCCUGGCCUAAAGAAUUAGACAAUGGGGGAAUGCGACUAGAAUUACCUAAUGAAAAAAAUCAUGCUGGAGAAAUUAAAGAUCCAUAUUCUGAGGCUGGAAUCAGUUUUAUACCACCAGAUACUGUAGGAAAUAAAUAUACACCAGUGGCAGAUAUUAAAAAAUAUUUGUCAAAACGUCCAAAUGAUGUUGAAGACGAUUAUUUUUUGUUACAACUAAUACACCAAAAAAAAUUUAUCGAGGUGAAUGGUAUUCAUAGUCUUGUCGAAUCUGGUGUGACACUUGAUGAAAAGAUGAUUUUUUCACGGCAUAAAACUAUUGCAGGAGUGUCUGCUUAUCAAUAUCAAUCUAUAAAACGCAAGUUGGAUAAUGUUUCUCAGCUAAUUCCUGUCGAAGAAGCGGAUGCUUAUUCAGUAUUGAAAGAUUCAACAUCGACAUAUAAUAAUCAACCUGGAUUUUCAAAAGCAUCUGACUUAAUUUCAAGUACAUCCGAUCUACUUUCAACUGAGCUAAAUAAAAAGGCCAAAAUAUCGAAUAAGAAAGAAUCAAAUAACCAACAAUCAAGCAUUCCAAAAAUUUCGUCAAAAAUUGUAAUAAUAUAA